AUGGCCAAGAAGAAAAAGACGCAGGUGAAGCCUGUCGCCCGGGGUUUUGCGACGACCUCCGUCCCCAAGAAGGUCGAGAAAGUCGUCGAAUCAGAGGAAGUUGUGGACAGUCUACCUGCCACAGAAUUACCUCCAGAACAGCCGGAAGCACAAGAAGUUGUUAAGAAAGGAGGAUCCGAGAAGGUGCCAGUGGACGAGUUCGACCCAGAGAAGGUGGAAGAACAGUCGCUUCAGAACCUUGUCGAUAGACUCCAAGAAAAAACAGAAAAAGAUAUAGUUAGAACUGUGAAGGCCGUAGAACAGGAGAGACGUUAUUCCAAAACACUUCCCAGCCUAGAGCUGAACCCCGUUCUCGUUGAACGUAUUCUUGAUCUCGCCCUGGACUCCACAUCUUCAGAAGGGAAACGACAAAUAGAUGAACCAGAAGACAAGGUUGUUGCCAAGCUUGCUAUCACUUACGGUGUUCUUCGUCGCCUCGGUUUUUCUGAGGAAAGGGUUAUCGAAUGUCUUGAAGCCAUACCUGGUUUUGAACUAGAACAGGCUUACGACUGGCUCUAUUUGCAUUGCUCUGAGGAUGAACUAGCUGAGAAACGUUCUGACAAUUCCGUGGAACCUCGCGGCCCUCAGACGCCGAAGAAGGGGAAAUCUUCAAGGACCCCUCAAACUCCACGAACGCCCCGGACACCUGCAGAAUUUCAGGCAACCCCUCCUACUAUCGCGCCCCCCACCAAAUCUUCCAAGCUCGAUGUGAAUGCCCCCAUAUUUGUUCCAUCCAGCGGCGCGCGCGCUUCUGUCGGCAACGAGAAUCGAGAUAGCGACAAUGCUCAUCGACUUUCCUUAAUAGACGGACAGGAUGACGACGAUGACGACGCCAAUGCAGAAUAUGUCCGCCUGAGGUUACGUCUCGAUACUUUAAAUCCUCGUAGCCAGGAUGCUGUCGAAAUAAGCAAGAUCAAGUGUCGCUUGAAUGCUUUGAAGAGUAAUUAUUUCUUCGACGAGAUGACCGCCGUCGUUGAAUAUCAUAUCGAGCGAGACAAGGUCGCCGUGAACACUCUCGACGCACGCCUCCGCGGUGAAAUCUCUUCACCACUCCAAGCUGAGAAGAAAUCUCCUCCAAGUAUCCAGACGCCUGUUGCUGUUGCAUCCGAUGUAUUUGACGAAGAUGAUGGUGACACGGAUGGAGGUAUACUUGGUCUUCUCGAGGAGAUUCCAGCAACAGAAACAACCACACAAGGAACCAUCGUCACUGUUAGAGCUAUGCCUCUACCCAAGCAUUGGUCGGGCCGUACUCCGAAAUCUUUGCUCUCAGACACUGUCGCCAAAGCCGACCGGUAUGCCGUCAUCACGUUCAGCAUUAUUUCUGGUGCUAGUCGCGCUAAGAGGGCAGCCGUCAACAUUCGAUGGCGGGGCAAAAAAACUGACGAGUGGUCAAUGGAGUCGGUCGCCUGUCACGAUGAAGGCCAAGCGGAGCAAUAUGUCGCCACCCUGGCCCUCCACGCCAUCGCUUUCCCUCCUGCUGAUGGCUUUGCCUCAGGAACUUCCGCUGUUGCUGGUCAAACCUUCUUUCGCUUGCUACCCGCAGUAUUUCGAGAUCUUUGGGACGAACUCGAGAUGGCCAGAAAGGCUGAGGAAGAUUCUAUCAACCGGCGUAUUUGGAACAAAUUAAGAACCAUAGUUGAACCAAAAUUGCAGGUACCAAGCAAGGUUCAACGGAAUACACUUCCUAUCGCUGGGUAUCGCGAGGAUAUUCUCGCGGCUCUGGAUCGAUCACAGGUCCUGGUGCUCAGUGGUGAGACCGGAUGGGAGUUAGGAGAUUUACCUGGUGCUGUGGGCACCUUAAAUUCUCUUGUAGGAUACUCCAUCCGUCUCGAAAGCAAUACUACUAGAAACACCCGCCUUGCGUUUGUUACUAACGGAAUCGCCCUGCGAAUGCUUGAAGGCGGUACCGGACAAGGUGGACAGGGCACAGCUUUUGACGAACUAACGGUUCAUGAACGUACCAUCGAAUCCGACUUUCUCCUCAUUGUCCUUAAGUCGCUACUACAACAACGAUCCGAUCUCCGAGUUAUACUGAUGUCUGCCACUGUUGACGCCGUGAAGAUAUCGGAAUUUUUUGGAGGAUGUCCCACACUUCAUGUUCCAGGGCGCACGUAUCCUGUUGAGGUCAACUAUCUUGAGGAUGCGGUCGAGUUCACCAAAUGGUCAAUAUCUGAGAAUUCUCCGUACGCACGACGUUUGCAUGAUACUUUUUAUCGUGGCAAGAAUCGUGUUGACUGGUCAGAAGAUUUAGCUGGAGUCGACGACGACGAUUCUGACGAUGUUCAUGAAAAUGUAAAACUUGGCAAGAAGUACUCUCCAAGCACUGUGAACACUAUCAACCUUCUGGACGAGCGUCUUAUUCCUUAUGAUCUCAUUCUUUGCCUUCUCGAGCGGAUAUGUUUCCAUGAUGCUGCUUACAUGUCUUAUUCGUCUGCGAUCUUGGUUUUCAUGCCCGGGAUUGGAGAAAUUCGUCGCCUCAACGACUUAUUAACAGAACAUCCUUACUUCGGCAGUGAUGACUUCCGGAUUUAUCCUUUGCAUUCGACACUUUCCAGUGAAAACCAGGGCGCGGUCUUUGAUAUUCCCCCGUCGGGCGUCCGGAAAAUUGUCAUUGCCACUAACAUCGCGGAAACUGGCAUUACAAUCCCCGACAUAACAUUCGAUGAAAAACGUCAGAUCAGUAGGCUUGUGGAAACCUUCAUCGCCAGGAGCAAUGCAUCGCAACGGCGUGGUCGGGCGGGCCGCGUGCAAAGUGGAUUGUGCUUCCACCUCUUCACCAAAGUUCGCCAUGAUACUCAGAUGGUCGACCACCCCCUUCCAGAAAUGAUGAGACUAAGUUUGUCGGACUUAGCACUUCGGAUAAAGAUUAUGAAGGUGAAUCUCGGGACCUCGAUUGAAGACGUUCUUUCUCGAGCAUUGGAUCCCCCCGCAUCUAUCAACGUUCAGCGCGCCAUCUCGAUGCUUGUUGAGGUGCGCGCGUUGACGACCUCAGAGGAAAUCACUCCUAUGGGUCGCUUGUUGAGCAAGCUGCCCACAGAUGUACACCUUGGGAAAUUCCUACUAUUAGCAACUCUUCUGCGCUGCCUAGAUCCCGCUCUUACCAUUGCGGCGGCUUUGAACUCAAAAUCUCCUUUUAUCACGCCGAUGGGACUCGAGCAAGAGGCUGAUCGCGCGAAAGCUACCUUCAAAGUUGACAAUUCUGAUUUCCUUACCAUACAUAAUGCGUUCUCAAGUUGGCGAAGAGCUUGCGGGAGCCCAGGAGGGGCGAGAAAAUUCUGUCGAGUCAAUUUUUUGAGCCAUCAGAACUUACAGCAGAUCGAGGAGCUCCGUAACCAGUUUCUAGGGUAUCUGAUUGACUCUUCAUUCAUUCAAGUCGAUAGGAGCUUCGUUCGAGAGCUUAGCCGGGCGCGUUAUGUUCGAAAUCGAAUGCGAUUCAUCACGGUUCCGCCUGAGCUUGACAGUAACUCCAAUAAUACAGCACUCUUCAAUGCUGCUCUAGUUGCCGGCCUCUAUCCAAAAAUAUUGGCGGUCGAUCCCACUACGAAUGAGAUGCGGACGAUAUCAAACAAUCAGCUAGCCGCUUUCCACCCUUCUUCCGUUAAUUUCGGUCGGAAGCCUGGCGAUCUAGGAGCUAACCAUCUUGCUUAUUUUACGCUAAUGCAUUCAAAGAAGCUGUACGCAUGGGAAACGACACCCGUUGAUGACCUGGCUAUUCUACUGUUAUGCGGAGAAUCCGAAGCAAAGCUCAUUUCAGAUACGUUUUCUAUCGAUCGAAAAAUCAAAUUCCGCGUCGCACCCAAGACCAAUAUUGCCCUCAAACAUCUGCGGACGCAAUUAGCUGCCGUCUUAUCACAACAGUUGCGAGGUAAGGUGCUCAAUGAGAGCCAGAUUCUUUGGAAUGAGAUGGCGCUAUCGGUCCUGGGUAAAGUCAAGGUAGAAGACGAGAAUGAAGUGUCUAUCUCCAUAGUUGUGUAA